AAUAAUAAUAUUUCUGCUUGUCUCCGUUACAUCACCUUUAUUGCAUUAGAAUUUCAAUGACUUAUUUAUUUAUAAAAAUUGAAAGGCUCCAUUUAUAAAAGUGAAAAAAUCCUUUUAAAAAAAUAGAUACGCAGAGUAACGCAAGCUCCUUAUAAAAAAGAACUCUCAAAGUUACACUCCGGUAUUGAUUCGUUAACUAAUUGCAAACAGCUAAUUCAGUAACUGCUUUAGCUUCAGACGCUGCUAUAAGGAUGCAGGGGUCUGUCUCGCUAGUCUGGGUGGUCUGUUUGGGGCUGGGUGCUCCGUGCUGGGCGGUGCCCGUAGGAAAGUGGCAGGGUGUCAGAGGGGACCACCCCCAGCUGGCGCUGGAGGAGGACGUGAACAUCCUGAUGUACGGGGUGCUGCAGUUCAGUUCAGGUCUGCGCGAAAUGUACCGCGGCACCUCCAGCAAGUUCACACAGAUCUUCCACAGCCUGGACGCGUUCGAGAGGACCCUGGGGCUGCUGGGAAAGAGCGUGCGAGAGGCGAAGGACGCGGGGGGAGAGCUGGAGAGCAGCGUGCUGCAGCUACAGCGAGAGGAGACGCAGCUGAAGAGCCAGUCCACAGAGAUUAACCAGCAGUUCAAGAACCUGCUGUACGAUCAGCUGGUCCUGCAGAACAAAGUGACCAGUCUGGAGAAAACCCUGAGCAGCCUGGAGGGGACCAAACUACAAACACAGCCCGAGAACGUCUCUCAACUCAAGGAACAAAGCCUGAAACAGUACAAAACUCUGCAGAAGCUGAUGCAUUCAGUGCAGAGUCAGAGGAAACAGAUGGAACAACAACAGCUACAGCUCUCACAGCUGGAGAAAAAGGGUGACUCUUGAACAGCACGAGAGAGAGCGAGAGAGAGAGAGAGAGCGAGAGAGCGAGAGAGAGAGAGAGAGAGAGAGAGAGAGAGAAUCUGUGGCAAUGUUUACUCAGCUUUCCAAUCGAAAGGACACCUUAUAAAACACAGAGACAGUUUGCAUUUAGUUCCUCUUUCUACAGUGAAGAACGGGAAGGGCAGACAUCCUUCAACACCCAGGUUUCCUUUGGCCCAAAAUCUACCUUUUUGUCUCCAUGCAGAGGGAACCCUACGAGACACUGCGAAAACCCAUAAUGAGGUCACUUCAGCCCAACUCUGUAUAUAGUUAUUAUUAGGGCUGUGUAUUUAAGGCUUGUUUCACAGCAUUCCACGGUCUAAAACUGUAUUUCAAGAUAUUUAAACAUCCUAUUUAUUAAAAGCAGAACAAUAUAGCAUUGCUAUAUUCAAUACUGAUGCAUUCAAUCGAGCCAUCUGAAAUGUCUUUGCGUUGAUUCCUCAUUUGUUUGCUCACAAAGAUCAAAAGCAGAACGGAUUGCAUUACAACAUUAGACUCUGAUGCCAUCUGAAAUGUCUUUGCAUCAGAUAGCUUGUGUGAGAUGGAAGAGGCAUCACAUUAAAAUUAGCUAGUGUGUUUAUUCUUAUUUAACUAUGUAUUACACAAUUAAUAAAGUAUAGGGCGGUGUGGCUUGGUACAAGCAGAUUUCAAACCAGCUCAAAGUCAGAUUCCACUAGUGUGUAGCUGCUGACCUGUUGUGUUUGCAUCGUACAUAUGAUGGUGUAUAUAUAUAUAUAUAUAUAUAUAAAGGGCGAAACAUGUAUGCAGCUACUGUAUUUUGACUUUUAAAAUGCUGUGAAUGCAACUUUCACGCGAUUUGAUUGGCUCUUGUAAUGCUUUAUUUGCAUAUCUCCCUACAACCCCCUAUAUAUAUA